AUGAAGGGCGGCGGCGCGGGCGACAAGGCCGGGAGGGGCGGCGGCGGCAGGCUGCCGCAGCCGCUGCGCCUCGAGUCGCAACGGUUCAGGCUGCUGUCCAUCGUCGUCGGCUGCUUCGUCAUCUGCCUCGUCUUCCUCCUCUCCUCCCGCCCCGACGCCACCGCCUUCGGCACCAUGAGCCCCAAGGCGUCGCUGGUGGCCGCGCGCCGGACGGUGGCGGUCAAGACCCUGCGGACCUCCUCCUCCUCCGCCGGCUUAGGUGGAGAUUUCCACGUGGACAUCCUGCCGCAGAGUCAUCAGGAGCAGAGCCUCCAGCAGACCGGCGACGACAAGACGGUCACAGAAUGGGUCAGAGACACGGUGAUCGUGGAGGAGAGGAGCAACGACGAGACCAGCGAGGCAGAGCCGGAGGAGACCGAGCCCGACCGUGACGCCACUGCCACUGCCGCGGCGUCGUCCAACUCCGACGACCACCCUGCAGCACCAGGUGCCGAGAAGGCGGUCCAAGACUCCGCCGGCGCCGUGGUCACCGGGCAGCCGGCCGCGGAAACGACGUCGGCUGCACCGGACCGGCCAGAGGAGAAGACGAGAGCUGCUGCUGGCGGCGGUGGUGGUCAGAGCAAGCUCCAGGAGCAGCCAGCUCGGCAACGGCAAGAAGAGGAGCGGCACGACGAGCCAGAACGACAAUCUGGCGGGGACCACCACCAGCAGCAGCCGCGGCCGCCGCUGUGCGACUUCUCUGACUUCCGCAGCGACAUCUGCGACUUCGCCGGCGAUGUCCGGAUGGACGCCAACGUGUCCGCGUUCGUCGUCAUCGUCGACCCGGCGGCGAGCGGCGGCGGCCAGGAGCAGGAGGAGGAGCACAAGGUGCGGCCGUACCCUCGGAAGGGCGACGAGACGUGCAUGGGGCGCAUCACGGAGCUCACGGUGCGCGCUACGCGCGACGCGGCGGGCGCGACGCGGUGCACGAGGACGCACACGGCGCCCGCGGUGGUGUUCUCCAUCGGCGGGUACACGGGCAACAUCUUCCACGACUUCUCCGACGUGCUCGUGCCGCUCUACAACACGGUGCAGCGGUACCGCGGCGACGUGCAGCUGGUGCUGGCCAACGCGGCGUCCUGGUGGCUGGUCAAGUACGACCGGCUCCUCCGCGAGCUGUCGCGCCACGCGCCGCUGGACCUCGCCAGGGCCGGCGCGGCACGGGAGGUGCACUGCUUCCGCCACGCCGUGGUCAGCCUGCGCGCGCACAAGGAGCUCAUCAUCGAGCGGGAGCGCAGCCUGGACGGGCUCGCCACGCCGGACUUCACGCGGUUCCUCCGCCGCGCGCUCGGGCUGCCCCGGGACGCGCCCACGCGCCUCGGCGGCGACGGCACGGGGAGGAAGAAGCCCCGGCUGCUGAUCAUCUCGCGCCACCGCACCCGGCUGCUCCUCAACCUCGACGCCGUGGUGCGCGCGGCGGAGGAGGUCGGGUUCGAGGCCGUCGUGAACGAGUCGGACGUGGCCAACGACAUCGCGCAGGUCGGGGGGCUCGUCAACUCGUGCGACGCGCUGGUGGGCGUGCACGGCGCGGGGCUCACCAACAUGAUGUUCCUGCCGCCGGGGGCAGCGCUGGUGCAGAUCGUGCCGUGGGGCGGGCUGCAGUGGAUGGCAAGGGCGGACUACGGCGACCCCGCGGAGGCGAUGGGGCUCAAGUACAUCCAGUACGAGAUCGGCGUCGCCGAGAGCACGCUCAAGGACAAGUUCCCCAGCGGGCACAAGAUCUUCACCAACCCGACGGCGCUGCACAAGAAGGGGUUCAUGUUCAUUAGGCAGACGCUCAUGGACGGCCAGGACAUCACCGUUGACGUCGCCCGCUUCAGGGAGGUGCUGCUCCAGGUGCUCAACAACCUCGCACAGUAG